GCUGCCCCGGGUGCUCGCGGCGCAUGUGCCUGGCGCCCCCUCCCCGGCCCUGGAUUCCACUCCCCCUCCGCUCGCGCUGCAGCCGCAGCCGCCUCCAGGCCCCGCGCCGCCUCCGGAGUCCAUGGCCGGGACGCGCUGGGUGCUCGGGGCGCUGCUCCGGGGCUGCGGCUGCAACUGCAGCAGCUGCCGGCGCACCGGCGCCGCCUGCCUGCCUUUCUACUCGGCCGCCGGCUCCUUCCCCUCGGGCGUCUCGGGCCGUCGCCGCCUGCUGCUGCUGCUCGGGGCCGCUGCGGCCGCCGCCUCUAACACGCGGGGCCUCCAGUCCGGGCCUGCGUCCGCCGGGAGGCUGGCGGGGCCUCCCCCCGCGGCCGCCUCCGCCGCCGCUGCGGCCGCGGCUUCUUACCCGGCCCUGCGUGCCCCUCUGCUACCGCAGUCGCUGGCGGCGGCCGCGGGCCCGGCGCGGAGCUACAGCCAGGAGUCCAAAACUACCUACCUGGAAGACCUUCCACCUCUCCCUGAGUAUGAAUUGGCUUCAUCCAAGCUAGGAGAAGAAGUGGAUGAUGUUUAUCUCAUUCGAGCUCAAGGAUUGCCGUGGUCAUGCACUAUAGAAGAUGUGGUUAACUUUUUCUCAGACUGCAGAAUCCGCAAUGGUGAGAAUGGAAUACACUUCCUCUUAAACAGAGAUGGGAAACGAAGGGGUGAUGCCUUAAUUGAAAUGGAGUCAGAGCAGGAUGUGCAAAAAGCCUUAGAAAAGCAUCGCAUGUACAUGGGACAACGAUAUGUGGAAGUGUAUGAGAUAAACAAUGAAGAUGUGGAUGCCUUAAUGAAGAGCCUGCAGGUCAAAUCUUCACCCGUGGUAAAUGAUGGCGUGGUUCGUUUGAGAGGACUUCCUUAUAGUUGCAAUGAGAAAGACAUCGUAGACUUCUUUGCAGGACUGAAUAUAGUAGACAUCACUUUUGUCAUGGACUACAGAGGGAGAAGAAAAACAGGAGAAGCCUAUGUGCAGUUUGAAGAACCAGAAAUGGCCAACCAAGCUCUAUUGAAACAUAGGGAAGAAAUUGGUAACCGGUAUAUAGAGAUAUUUCCAAGCAGAAGGAAUGAAGUCCGAACACAUGUUGGUUCUCAUAAGGGAAAGAAAAUGGCAUCUUCUCCUACUGCUAAGUAUAUAACUGAGCCAGAAAUGGUCUUUGAAGAACACGAAGUAAAUGAGGAUAUUCGACCCAUGACAGCUUUUGAAAGUGAGAAGGAAAUAGAACUGCCUAAGGAGAUGUCAGAAAAGCUUCCAGAGGCUGUUGAUUUUGGAACUACAUCUUCACUACAUUUUGUCCACAUGAGAGGAUUGCCUUUCCAAGCUAAUGCUCAAGACAUUAUAAACUUCUUUGCUCCGCUGAAGCCUGUUAGAAUCACCAUGGAAUACAGUUCUAAUGGGAAGGCCACUGGAGAGGCUGACGUGCACUUCGAUACCCAUGAGGAUGCUGUUGCAGCUAUGCUCAAGGAUCGGUCCCAUGUUCACCAUAGAUAUAUUGAAUUGUUCCUGAAUUCAUGUCCAAAGGGAAAAUAAGACUUCCAGGGACUCCAGAUAAUAAGGAUGAAGCAAGAAGCAUUUCAUUUGCACAUCUUUUCUUGGACAUGGAAUAUAAAGUUCCAGUUUUGUAGCAGCAACUGCUAGAGAAAGGAUUUGGGGGUUUUGGGUUAAUUGCUUAUAAGACAAAUUACGUAGUGGACUGUUUAGAAAGGAAAAGGAAAGAUUCAGUUUGGAAUUAUGAAAUAAACCACAAAUUUAAAUUUUCGUUUAAUCUGUUCAAGAUCUGAUUUAAAAAUCUGGGGUUUUUAUUACAUAUGAUUAAACAGUUUGUUUUCAUAGGAGAUGUGUUACCCAAUGAAAAGACUACAUCUUUUUAUUUAGCACUGUCCUUGAAAAUCUUUUCUCCCAUUUUACAAAUGGUCUGUUGGAGGUUUUGUCCUUUUGCCUAUGAAUUAAGGCUCUGAUGUAAAACUUCUCUGGAAUUAAAUACUGAUUUAUUUUAACCAAAUACUCACCAAAGCAAGGAAAGGCUUCAGACCUUUGAAUUAUUAAGGUUUGGCAAAGUAGUUAUAAUUUUAGGUGUAUUAGAUUACUUAGGUAGGAGUAGAAAUUUAAAAAAAAAAAUAAGUACCACAGGUUAGUGAGUGUAAGUGA